CUUAGAGAGACCUUAGAAGACUCAUUUGCUACGACCUUCGUUCAGCGAUGAAGCUGUUUGCGACUAUAAGAGGGUAGUUCCCCGGGCACUUCACGAAAUAUACAGACAAACAACUGUAGUCAAACACUCCUGUAUACCUGGUAUAAUAAACACCAGCUUCACUAUAUAACAUAUUAUCCUCUUUAAAUUUUUAAUUCCUUCGAGCACCGAAAUCUUCAUUAUGAAAUUCUCAGCUGUUGCUUUGUUCGGCGCCAGCCUCAUCGCUAGCUCUUCAGCUCAUCCUGUUGAAGAGCGCGAUGUCCAAGUUGCGCAUCUUACCUUCCAUGGAGGCCCAGCUUCGUAUGAGCUUGCAGUGCCUGCUGAUGGCAGCGUUGUUAAUACAAACAACGACAUUUCAGUCAGCAUCAUCGACGCACCGGACUACAAUGCUAUUUACCAAUGCACUUUCAACACCGCAGGCGAAAAGACCUUGGUCGGCAGCAUCGACACUCACACGGGGCUCCAGUCGAUUAUCGUCGGGCCGCCCCAGCCCAUUAUCAGCGUGAGCUGCCAGGGCUCGUGUAUCCCGACUUGGGGAACAUGCUUCUCCAACGGGCAGUAUACCGGAUCUUGCUGCAACGGAUUCUGCGCUGCAACCCGUUGCCGCCCGUGGAACAUUACUGGCAGUGCGUAAACGCGACAAAACAUGCCACUAGUUAUUAAGAAACACCGCUCAAUGGUACGGGGAGUAAGAGGUGUAGGAGGUGCCGAUGGAUUGGGACAUUAGGUUGAUUUGAU